AUGAACUUCAUCAUCACGACGCUAAGACUCAACGGAACCAGGAUUCCUCUUCAUCCGAGGCCGUUUCCAUUCCUGCCGCCACUAGCUGAGACUCACCGCGUGGUGGACAUCCUUGCUCCCGAUGAGAAGCUCGCGCGACGCCGCAACUACACAUGGUCCCAGGGGGGGUUUGCCACAGGGGGGUUCCUCGCUGGGGGGCCAUUGACGCCCAACGAGCUGCGGCUCAUAGACCACUUUCAAUUGAAUGCGGCUACCACGACUCGCCUGGACCUGCACAACUUCUUUCUGGCGGAAUACGACCUCCAUUGGUUGGUUCGACCGCUCGAAAGUGACCACUAUGACGUCGACGUGCCCGAGAGCAGUGCAAUAUUGGUGGUGGCGUACUUGAUCCAACACAACCCUGUCGAGGCGACGACCACUCUAUUGACGAUGAUUGAGCCAUGGAUGGAUCAACUACGUGACAUCUUAAUGGGGGACUUUUGUCCAAAUUUCUACUCCACCGCGACGUCUGCCGUCGCCCAUGUGAAAGGCACCAUCUACGCCUCGUACUUUCACCUACCCAAGGUGUUGAUGCCGGCGUACGACAUGCUUGCAGCCGCCAUUGCGAUGCGAAGCGCAGCGUUUGGCUCGAAUAUGCCCAACCGAUAUAUGGUCCAGAACGCCCUGCUCAUCGAACAAGUGAUGGUGCUGACCACGCACAACGCGUUGGCGUUGCACGAAUCAUCUUGA